AUGUGAACAAACGUUCUAGACUCUAACCGUCAAUGGCACUAUUCCAUUGAUACAAUGCAAGAAACAGCUUGUAGGCUCUCUAUCAAAGGGCACAUUCCACAAAGAGCACAAUAGCAAUCUGAGUAUAUAACGGCCACCCUUUCGUAGAUAUGAACAGUCUGCCUCGACCACGGUCACCACCACAAACCAGACCAGAUACUCGCUCAGAAUGUCAGUUUUCCACACCAUCUCCCAGAAGCUGGUCUCGCGCACUCCCCAUCUCAACUGGGAAGACCCCAUAAUAAUCAACCCCAGACGCAACGACCACCAGCACACAAUAAUCCUCCUACACGAUUUCAACUCCACCGCCGAGCCAUUUAUGCGCGACUUCAUUGAUACCACGAGAAUACCUCAUGACCUGCCUACAGUGCGCUUCAUCUUCCCGACUGCCAAAGCAGAUACCUCCGGUGUAUUAAAGCAGCAUAAAGGACCGUACCAGUGGUUUCGUGUCAGGGAUCCCUAUGACCCGAAUGUGGACACUGAUGGGCAGAUUCCAGGCCUUAAGGAAACGAGCGCGUACUUGAGGGUUCUUAUCGCGCAGGAGGCAAGGAGGCUAGAGGAUUUGGAUCGCCCGUCGAAGAACCGCGGGUAUGACCGUGUGAUUAUCGGCGGGCUAGGGCAGGGUGCUGCGGCGGCGCUAUUUACGCUGUUGGGUAUGGAGCAGACCCUUGGUGGGUUUAUUGGGAUGGGUGGCUGGUUACCUUUUGAAGCGGAGAUGGCGGCUUUGAUUAGAGAGGCUAAUGCUGUUCCUGUAGAGAAGGGACACAAAAUAAAGGAAACAGGCUCUGUCAAGGUUCAGAUUCAGAAACUGGUCCGUGGUGUUCUCGAUGUUGAUGUGUGUGAUCCGCAGUCCACGUUACAGCUAGAAACGCCCAUAUUUCUGGCCCACGGAGACCAGGACCGGACGACGUGGAUUGGACACGGGCAGAGGAUGCGGGAGGUUCUGGAUAGUUGGGAUGGACUGGGGAUGACUGUUAUUUGGAAGGAGUACAGUGGAUUUGGUCACUGCUGGAAGCCACACGGUAAAGAGCCCAAGGACCACGAUGUGACUAAAUUCUUGCGAUUGGUUGUUGGUGUCCACGCCAGGGCUUUUCUAGACUAA